AGGCGGUGGGGGCGGCGCGCGCCGGGCACGCGCGCCGGCGACCAUGGCGUUCGCCGGGCUGGAGCGAGUACAUUAACCCCUGGAGGCGGCGGCGGCUGCGAGGGAGCGAGCCUCGAGCGGGCGGGCCCCAGCCUGAGGGAAGGGAGGAAGGGGCGGGGAGAGCGCCAGAGGGAGGCCGGUCGGCCGCGGGCGGGCGGGCAGCGCAGCGCCGAGCGGGGCCCGCGGGCCCAUGAGGAGGCCCGGGGACCAUGGGCUCCAGGAUCAAGCAGAAUCCAGAGACCACAUUUGAAGUAUAUGUUGAAGUUGCCUAUCCCAGGACAGGUGGCACUCUUUCAGAUCCUGAGGUGCAGAGGCAAUUCCCGGAGGACUACAGUGACCAGGAAGUUCUACAGACUUUGACCAAGUUUUGUUUCCCCUUCUAUAUGGACAGCCUCACAGUUAGUCAAGUUGGCCAGAACUUCACGUUCGUCCUCACUGACAUUGACAGCAAACAGAGAUUCGGGUUCUGCCGCUUAUCUUCAGGAGCGAAGAGCUGCUUCUGUAUCUUAAGUCACUGCAUUUGGGGAGAAGGACUUCACAGUGUUGUUCUUGCACUCUAUCUCCCCUGGUUCGAGGUAUUUUAUAAGCUGCUUAACAUCCUAGCAGAUUAUACGACAAAAAGACAGGAAAAUCAGUGGAAUGAGCUUCUUGAAACUCUGCACAAACUUCCCAUCCCUGACCCAGGAGUGUCUGUUCAUCUCAGCGUGCAUUCUUAUUUUACUGUGCCUGAUACCAGAGAACUUCCCAGCAUCCCUGAGAAUAGAAAUCUGACAGAAUAUUUUGUGGCUGUGGAUGUCAACAACAUGUUGCAUCUGUACGCCAGUAUGCUGUACGAACGCCGGAUACUCAUCAUUUGCAGCAAACUCAGCACUCUGACUGCCUGCAUCCACGGGUCUGCGGCGAUGCUCUACCCCAUGUACUGGCAGCACGUGUACAUCCCCGUGCUGCCGCCACAUCUGCUGGACUACUGCUGUGCUCCCAUGCCCUACCUCAUAGGAAUCCAUUUAAGUUUAAUGGAGAAAGUCAGAAACAUGGCCCUGGAUGAUGUCGUGAUCCUGAAUGUGGACACCAACACCCUGGAAACCCCCUUCGAUGACCUCCAGAGCCUCCCAAACGAUGUGAUCUCUUCCCUGAAGAACAGGCUGAAAAAGGUCUCCACAACCACUGGGGAUGGUGUGGCCAGAGCGUUCCUUAAGGCCCAGGCCGCUUUCUUCGGUAGCUACCGAAACGCUCUGAAAAUCGAGCCGGAGGAGCCGAUCACUUUCUGUGAGGAAGCUUUCGUGUCCCACUACCGCUCCGGAGCCAUGAGGCAGUUCCUGCAGAACGCCACACAGCUGCAGCUCUUCAAGCAGUUUAUUGAUGGUCGAUUAGAUCUUCUCAAUUCCGGCGAAGGUUUCAGUGAUGUUUUUGAAGAGGAAAUCAACAUGGGCGAGUACGCUGGCAGUGACAAACUGUACCAUCAGUGGCUCUCCACCGUCCGGAAAGGAAGUGGAGCAAUUCUGAAUACUGUAAAGACCAAAGCAAACCCGGCCAUGAAGACUGUCUACAAGUUCGCAAAAGAUCAUGCAAAAAUGGGAAUAAAAGAGGUGAAAAACCGCUUGAAGCAAAAGGACAUUGCUGAGAACGGCUGCGCCCCCACCCCGGAAGAGCAGCUGCCAAAGACUGCACCGUCCCCCCUGGUGGAAGCCAAGGACCCCAAGCUCCGAGAAGACCGGCGGCCAAUCACAGUCCACUUUGGACAGCUGCAGAGACUGCGUCCCACCCGACCGCCUCCCAAGAUACAGCGCUCGAGGCCCGUGCGCCCACCUCGUCCUCAUGUUGUUAAGAGACCAAAGAGCAACAUCACAGUGGAAGGCCGGAGGACGUCUGUGCCGAGCCCUGAGCACCUGGUAAAGCCCUUACGACACUACGCGGUCUUCCUCUCCGAAGACUCCUCUGACGAUGAAUGCCAGCGGGAAGAGGGCCCGAGCUCUGGCUUCACCGAGAGCUUUUUCUUCUCUGCUCCCUUUGAAUGGCCACAGCCAUAUCGGACACUCAAGGAGUCAGACAGUGCGGAAGGCGACGAGGCAGAGAGUCCAGAGCAGCAAGUGCGGAAACCCACAGGCCCCGUCCCAGCUCCCACUGACCGGGCUGCCAGCAUCGACCUUCUGGAAGACGUCUUCAACAACCUGGACAUGGAGGCCGCAUUGCAGCCCCUGGGCCAGGCCAAGAGCUUGGAGGACCUUCGUGCCCCCAAAGACCUGAGGGAGCAGCCAGGGACCUUUGACUAUCAGAGGCUGGACCUGGGCGGGAGUGAGAGGAGCCGCGGGGUGACAGUGGCCUUGAAGCUUACCCACCCAUACAACAAGCUCUGGAGCCUGGGCCAGGACGACAUGGCCAUCCCCAGCAAGCCCCCAGCUGCCUCCCCUGACAAGCCCUCUGCCUUGCUCGGGAACUCCCUGGCCCUGCCUCGAAGGCCCCAGAACCGGGACAGCAUCCUGAACCCCAGUGACAAGGAGGAGGUGCCCACCCCUACUCUGGGCAGCAUCACCAUCCCCCGGCCCCAAGGCAGGAAGACCCCAGAGCUGGGCAUCGUGCCUCCACCACCCAUUCCCCGCCCAGCCAAGCUCCAGGCUGCCGGCACCGCACUUGGUGACUUCUCAGAGCGGCUGCAGGUGGAUCGGGACAGGCGAGCUGCCCUGAGUCCAGGGCUCCUCCCUGGUGGUGUCCCCCAAGGCCCCACUGAACUGCUCCAGCCACUCAGCCCCAGCCCCGGGACUGCAGGCACGAGCAGUGAUGCCCUGCUCGCCCUCCUGGACCCGCUCAGCACAGCCUGGUCAGGCAGCACCCUCCCGCCACGCCAUGCCGCCCCGAAUGUAGCCACCCCAUUCACCCCCCAAUUCAGCUUCCCCCCUGCAGGGACACCUGCCCCAUUCCCACAGCCACCACUCAACCCCUUUGUCCCAUCCAUGCCAGCAGCCCCACCAACCCUGUCCCUGGUCUCCACACCAGCGGGGCCUUUUGGGGUCCCUCCAGCUUCCCUGGGGCCGGCUUUUGCAUCCGGCCUCCUGCUGUCCAGCGCUGGCUUCUGUGCCCCUCACAGGUCUCAGCCCAACCUCUCUGCCCUCUCCAUGCCCAACCUCUUUGGCCAGAUGCCCAUGGGCACCCACACGAGCCCCCUACAGCCGCUGGGUCCCCCAGCAGUUGCCCCAUCGAGGAUCCGAACAUUGCCCCUGGCCCGCUCAAGUGCCAGGGCUGCUGAGGCCAAGCAGGGGCUGGCCCUGAGGCCUGGAGACCCCCCACUUCUGCCUCCCAGGCCCCCCCAGGGCCUGGAGCCAACACUGCAGCCCUCUGCUCCUCAACAGGCCAGAGACCCCUUUGAGGAUUUGUUACAGAAAACCAAGCAAGACGUGAGCCCAAGUCCGGUCCUGGCCCCGGCCCCGGCCCCGGCCCCGGCCCCAGACUCGGUGGAGCAGCUCAGGAAGCAGUGGGAGACCUUCGAGUGAGCCAGGCCUUGAGGGCAGGGGAUGCACCGAGGCCCGAGGGUCCGUCCACUGCUGCGGUUCCGAGGGUCCCCCGCCACGCUCUCUGCCCAGGUUCUGCUGGUGGGAAGGGAUGGGACCCCUCUCUGCUGCCCCCUCCUCCCCUCCACACUGCCCAUCUCUGAGGUCUGGCCCUGCAGAAUGGCACCAGUUCCAGUCUGGGAAUCAACCCAGUUCCUGAGUGCCCGUCCCACCCCGCGGUUGCCCGUCCUUGGCACCCUUGAUUGGGUUUUGCACUAAAGAGGUCAGCUGGGCCAAUGAUUGAUUGCCCCAGACCAAGUCCUACCCACCUUCCCCCUGAAAGUGUCCCGAGAGGCUCCGAAGGCCUAUCCUCUGAGCCCAGCUCUCCUGUUCCACCACAGCUAGGCCCUGCACGCCCACCUCCUCGGACACAAGUGGCAGGGUUACCCUCCAGUGUGAGCUCCUCUGCACGAGACACAGGCGGCUUGGGGUUGAAGUUAGGACUCCUCCUGGGCUGGAGGAUUUACCUGGUGGGGCACUUCCAGACUGUUUCUAGCAAUAUACACACACGUUCUUUCCUGUGUCUUCACCCCAAAACUUCAGUUGAUUCUGACCUGGGAGGGUCUGGGGACCAGGGGGUCUGGACUGCCUUGUGAUGCCCAGCCCCAGCCACCCUGCACGGGGACUGCGAGCACCAGCAACAUUGAUUUCUAGAAGGAAAAUAGAAACCCCAUCUGAGUGUUUUGGGGGGAGCCCCCACCCCCUCAUUCCAACUCUCUGGCACUCUGAUACCUCCAGGUUCUCUUCUCACUGUCAAAGCUGGGUCUCAGCCUCUUGGCAUCUGGAGCUUUGUGGGCAAAGCCGAGAAGCUGCGACCCAGACUUCAACUCGAAGGUCAAGCGGAAUGCCUCAGACUGAUGCGGAGGCAGCUGGCCUUCCUGGGUUGGAACGAGGCAGUGGCCCUGAGCCCCUGCUCCAGAGCCGGGUAGAAAGGACAAACUUGGUCUCUGCCUCAGAGAAGCAGGAGAAGGGCUAGAAGCCAGUCCCUCCCCACCUGCCCAGAGCGCCAGGCCAGCACAGAAAUUCCUGAGGCCACCGUCACCAAAGUUAGAGUGAAUGUUUUAUUGUUUAUCUUUUUCCUUUUUACCUUAUUGAUUUGAUGAGUCUUGAAAUUGAUUCAUUUCCAUAAACCAAGUUAAAGUAUGCCCCGACCAUUUAAGAAAACAGCCAUCUGAGACACGCAGGAAAUUGUGAGCAUUUCGACCCGAGCUCUCAUUUCCUAUUCGGGAUGGGUCAGACACACAGUCUACCCAGGGGUGUCUGAGGGGGACAAGGAGGGGGGGGUCUCUGGAGAUCUGUCACCCAGGGAGCCCCCUCUGUGUCUAAGAGGCCACCACUGCUGCACAUGGUCAGGGAGGCUUGGUGGCCGUCCUGGCACAUGGCUUUUCCUGGGCCAACUGUGACCUGUCUGGCUCAGGAAUGGGCUCUGGCUGCUUGGGGAGCCGUGUCACUCCUGGGCCAUGGAGGCACCUCCCGGGCACUUAGGUGUUUCACAGAGAUUCCAGUUUCACUCCCUGGGCAGAUCCCCAGGCCCCAUCCGGGAUAGGGCAGAGGCGGCGCUGGCAGCCCCAGGGAAGGAGGGUGUGUACCCCAAGGCGCCCUGGCCGUGCUGGGGGACUGGGGUGAGCGCUCCAUGUUCACAUGAGCACUGCUGCCUCUUCUCUUGUGGGACUGACUUUGCAAACCCAAGGAUGAACUUUGUGUGCAUUCAAUAAAAUCAUCUUGGGGAAGAG